AUGCCUGCCUCACUACACCGUAACCCUCCCUAUCGUGCUGAGCACCUUGGCUCGCUCCUCCGAACGGACAAACUCCUCGACACUCGCCAUGCUUGGGAAGCUGGUAAAGCGACGGCCGAAGACCUGGAAAAGGUUGAAGAUCAAGAUGUCAAGGACAUCGUAAAGACGCAGCUUGAUCUCGGUUUCCAUGCCAUCACCGAUGGCGAAUACCGCCGCCACAUGUUCUGGGGCUCUUUCUGGCCGGGCUUAGAGGGCAUGAAAGAGAUCGACGAGCCUGAUCCAGAACUUUUCCGCAUGUACAUCCCUGACAUUGCCGCAUUUACCGAGGCAGGGUACAAGCCAGGCGAAACCGUUCUAUGCACGGGCAAGAUCAAGCAUAAGGGUAGCACCUACACGGCACAGUUCGACUACCUCAAGAGCCUGGUACCAGAAAGCAAGUGGAAGGAUCUCAAGUUGACGCUGGCCGCGCCGAACUGGUACCACCUGCGAUACAAGGAGGGCAAAGCAUACCCGAAAGACGUGUACAAGAACGACGACGAAUACUUCGCCGAUGUGGCCAAGGCAUAUCAAGAUGAACUCAAGAUCCUGUAUGAUCACGGCUUGAGAAAUGUCCAAUUCGACGACCCGAACUUGGCUUAUUUCUGCUCCGAAGCCAUGAUCGAGGGCUGGAACAAAGACCCCUUGAACACCUACUCGACCGACGAGCUCUUGGUCAAGUACAUUGACUUGUACAAUGCAUGCGUCUCCGAGAUCCCAUCGGACAUGCACGUAGGUGUACAUCUGUGCCGCGGCAACUUUGUAAACUCUCGACACUUUAGCGAAGGCGGGUACGACCGAAUUGCAACCUUGUUGUUCCAGAAACUCAACAUGCACACGUACUAUCUCGAAUACGACACGCCGCGCGCCGGAGGGUUCGAGCCACUACAGCAUCUGCCCAAGGACAAGAACGUCAUCCUCGGCGUGGUGACGAGCAAGUUCCCCAAGAUGGAGGACGAAGACGAGAUGGUUGCUCGUGUCAAAGAGGCCGCCAAGUGGAUCGCCAAGGGCACCGGUGAGAGCGAGAAAGACGCUCUCAACCGCUGCGGUGUGAGCCCACAGUGUGGAUUUGCAAGUCACUCCAGUGGAAAUGCGGUCAAGCACGAAGACAUGAUCGCCAAAUUGAAGCUGGUGAGGAGAAUUGCGGACAAGAUCUGGCCGGGUGAGCCUUAG